CGCGGGCGCGCCCCCCUGCACGUCGGCGCCCGGAGAGCGAGGUUUCUCGAGGGUCCUCGCAUCCGGAUGAUUGUAAAGUGCUGAUCAGUGGCCACUGAAUAUAAUUGAAACAGAAUAGGAAGAUGGCAGCAAAUCCUUCAGGACAAGGUUUUCAAAAUAAAAAUAGAGUUGCGAUUUUGGCUGAACUGGACAAAGAAAAAAGAAAAUUACUUAUGCAGAACCAAUCUUCAACAAGUCACCCUGGAGCUAGCAUCUCCCUCUCCAGACCCUCUCUUAAUAAGGACUUCCGGGACCAUGCUGAGCAGCAGCACAUUGCAGCCCAGCAGAAGGCAGCUUUGCAGCAUGCUCAUGCACACUCAUCUGGAUACUUCAUAACGCAAGACUCUGCCUUUGGGAAUCUUAUUCUCCCGGUUUUACCGCGCCUUGACCCGGAAUGAAGAAAGCGGCUGUGAUAAAGGGACCAUGUGAUAUCGAAUGUCAAAGCUCUCACUCAGCUCUAUACAAACUUUCAGAAUUUUGGAGAACUUAGUUUCUGUUUCUUUAAAGAAAGGCGUACAUGAGCGUGGAGAAAGAAGGGCAGCUGGGAUGCUGAGAACUCUGGAAGUGCUGUCGUUGGAGGAAUUGGUUGUGCUGGGCAUCGGGCGUGACUAACUCUUCUGUGUAGUCACUUGACCUCACCCUCAGACUCGGGACUGCUGAGUCUGCACCACCUGCACCAAGCUGGACUGAAGGCGUCAUGCAUGAGGCCCUGGGUUUGGCCCCAGCACUGCACAGGUGCAGCACAACACUGCGCAUGCUACAACCCCAGCUCUAGAGAAACAGGCAAACGAUCAAGAGUUCAAGGCCACCCUUGCCUAGGAGGGAUUCUGAGACCACUCUGAGGUAUAUGAGACUGCACCUCAAAAAACAACGACAGAAGCAGACAAAAGAGCCAUUAACAGUCCUAAAUGUAAAGACAAGAUGCUUUUUAAAAAUGUGAACAAUGAGCUUACAUGCUUAUUUGUGGUUUCUUGUGUUAAACAUCCUAUCCAGAAAUAUGCUCUAAGCUAAUAACUAGUUCUCCUACUCUGAAUUUUAAAAGAAGACUCUAAAUCAUAUUAAAUUACCAACCGAUCUUAAAUCUUUUUAAAAUAAAUGCUACUAUCAAUGAUGUGACUAAACACUUAUGAACAGCAGCUUAAGUAAUGUGGUUUUAAAUGUGUGUGAAUUCUCACUUCAUGUCUCUGUGUAAGUGGUGUGCUUGAGUGGUUUUAUUUUCAAAAUAGAAAAUGUUAUGUAAUCGAAAACUUAAAAUUAGGCAAAUUAAUACCUUUUAAGUUAUUUUAAAUAGAGACUUAGGUUAAGCAAGUUGCUCAACAGCGCCAAACUUUAACAAGAACUGAGGUGCUUAUUUACAUAGAUAUUUCCUAUCCUACAUAUAUAUUUUACUACCUCCCUUUGUCCUAUAAAAUUAGAGUUUGAUUAAAGUCUGAAAAGCAUGGGUUCUGUAAUAUCUUGCAUAAAAAUGUCAUGAACAAAAUUAUAUUUUUUUGUAAGGACCUGG